AUGGGAAACCGGUGCUGUGGUCUUUGCCCCAAUUCACAAGACGAGGAAGAGGAAAAUGUUGAACGACAAAGGUUGAUUCCAAGUCCCCAGCUUUCAUAUGACGGAGGACAACCGCCUUAUGGAAGUUUUGUGUCUCCAGAUUAUGUUACAACUGAACCUCAAUCUGACAUUAAUACUAUGAUGACCGACAUAAUAAAGGUGGUUGAAAAUCAAGUGCUGGACGCUGGUGCGACUGACUACAAUCCUCUGGAUUCACAAGAGCAUAUUGAACGAUCAAGAUACUAUGCAGAAAAUAUUGCGCGACAGCCCUUAGGUCCACCACCUUUGCCAGUUUUCUUACCGAGGACUUUUGGUAAUCCUGCAUCAAUCAUAGACGCACCCUUAAUUGACACCAGUCAGAUAAAUGAAAUGCGGCAGGUAGCAAAGGAAAAUGCAGAAUUGGUACAUGAGAUGGGUAGUCAAGAAAAAGACGAUCUCAUUGCUCACUUUAAUCAAGUCUAG